AUGAUCGACUUCGUGACUGGCCUACCUCGGACGAAGAAAGGGUUCGAUACGGUCGUCAUGUAUACCUGCAUGUCGAAAAAGCGCAUCGGUCGACGCCUGGAAACAAAUCUUGGAAGGAUUAUGACUGGACUACAGCGGUCGAACGCAGUUACCGGCGAGUCGCUACACAAGCUGAUGUUCGGUGUUGACUUGCGCAUGAUCAAUUUGGAAAAUUGA